ACAAAGCAAGAGCUCACGCGGCCACCGUACUUAUUGUAAACAUGGCGUCCGAUGAAGAUAGCGAUGAGGAUUUCGUGUCUUACGGAACUCCUUUAGAGCCUCUGGAAGAAGAUGAACCCAGCAGAAAGCCUGUCCCCGUGCACGAGCAGACGGUUAAAGAUGAGAAGGGCCGCUACAAGAGAUUUCACGGAGCUUUUACUGGUGGCUUCUCCGCUGGUUACUUUAACACAGUGGGCACCAAAGAAGGCUGGGCACCAUCAACAUUUCUAUCAACUCGACAGCAAAAGGCAGGGAGACAGAAUGCUAGACCAGAGGACUUUAUGGAUGAGGAGGAUUUUGGUGAGCAUGGUAUUGCCCCAAGAGAGAUUGUCACUACAGAUGAUUUUGCAUCGGAGAGGAAGGAUCAGUUAAAAGACAAAGCACGAGCCGUCAGUUCUAUUGCUGCUCUGAUACCUGGAGACACUGGACUGCUGGAAGAGCUUAUCGCCCCUGCACGGUCAUCUAUUGGUGUGGAGCUGCUGAGAAAAAUGGGCUGGAAAGAUGGCCAGGGAGUCGGACCAAGAGUGAAGAGAAAGCAACCCAAGCAAAAGACUGAUGCGGUUAGAGUUUAUGGCUGUGUUUUGCCGCCCAAUGGAUCUGAGGAGUCUGAGGAGGAUGACGAUGAAUUUGCUCCAGAGAAUGUGACCUUUGCCCCCAAAGAUGUGAUCCCAGUGGACUUCACCCCUAAAGUGGACUCCCAUGGUCUGGGUUACCGAGGGCUGAACCCUCUACAGGCCUUGGAGGGUGGAUCAGGAUCAGGACAUAUAAACCUCUUCACGCUUCACUCUGAUAGAGCAACCAGCUUAUUUGGAGACAAAAAGAAGUCUGGACAGCAACGCAGGGGUGGGAUUGGAGGACAGGCUUUUGGAGUUGGUGCAAUGGAGGAGGAAGAUACCGAUAUUUAUCAUAAGGACUCCAUGUCCAACUAUGAUGCUGUGCUGGGAGGAGAAGAGCCAGGGGAUGGGCUCUAUGGAUGGACUGCUCCCCAGCAGUAUACCAGGAAGAAGAACGACUCAAAAAGAGACGUGACGUAUUCGGGCAGGAUUCUGGAGGGGUUUACAUUGGCCUCCCAAGCCGCAGAAAUUAAAACUGUCUAUCCUCCCCCUGAUCUGCCCCGUGAUUAUCGGCCUGUACAUUACUUUCGUCCUGUGGUUGAUCCAUCCUCCGUCAGUCCUAUUGUUGCCCAGGCACUGCAGGCUUCACGUGGACACCUAUCACAGGAUGCACCACAGCAGAGUCGUCACAAUUUAGACUCUGGUCAGAGACGUGACAUGCUGGGAGAAACGCCUCUAGAGGGCCCUAGUUCUGUGUUUGAGUUGCUUGACAGUAAGGACAGAGAGCGUCUGAAUGAGUUCCGCAGAGCGGCCGAGGGGCGGAAUAAGCCAGCGGGAAACCUUUCCUCAGCUGCGGAUCGAGCUGCCGUGGUGGCUUCGGCUAAAGCCGCCGCUCUGCAGGCCCUGUCCAGCCGUUUCAAGUCAAACGCCCCACAGCCUGAUUCCCACACUCAGAGCAUGACCUCUCCAAUCCAACCUCAGGCAUCCUCUGAGACCCAGAUGGCUUUGAAUGCCUGGUCUGCUCCCACUGCAGAUGCUAGCAAAACCUUUAAACCAUUUUCAAACAAUCCUCAGAAGCAGGCCCGCUACGAUCUGUACAUCAACAAACUCAAACGGGGCAAUAAAGAUGCCCUGGACUCGAGUCUGGACACCUCCAUGACGGAGUGGGAGAGAGGGAGAGAAAGGGACGAAUUUGUACGCGCUGCAUUACUCUAUAAGCCCAGCAACUCUUCUCUCUCCUCACGCUUCACACGUAGCAAACAAGAGGACGACACAGACAAUGUGGAGGUCACACGGGAUCAAGAGAAUGAUGUUGAUGACAAGCAGGCCGCUGUGAAGAUGAAGAUGUUUGGGAAACUGACCAGAGAAACAUUUGAGUGGCACCCUGAUAAACUAUUGUGUAAAAGAUUCAAUGUUCCAAACCCUUAUCCAGGGUCUAGUAUAGUGGGAAUGCCUAAAAUAAAGAGAGAUAAGUACUCAGUCUUUAACUUCCUGACCAUAACGGACAGCAGGGAGGCCCCGAGUGCUCCCAAAACUCCCAGCUCCAGCACAACCCUUACCUGUUUGACUCCAGAAGUCUCAAAUAAGAGAUCCAGGUGGGAUGUACCAGGGCAGGUAUCUGAAACUAAAGACCCACUCAGUGCAUUCCUCAGUGAAACUCGCAGUGAGGUUUCAGCGGCCCAGCAAAAUGAAGCUGGGGUCAAGACCCAGACAGAAUCUCCACAUGCUUCUGUCACUCCAGAGGUAAAAGUGGCACUGUCCGAUGAGCAGCAGAUUGAACAAAAGACUGAAGAGGAGGAGAAGGAAGAGGAUGAAGAAGAGGUAAGGCCUCCAAUGGAUCUCUUUAAAGCCAUCUUUGCCAGCUCGUCAGAUGAGAAGAGCUCAUCGUCAUCUGAAGAUUGUAGCGAGGAAGAGGACGAGGUGGCUCUUUCAACAUCUGAACCAAUCCAAAGCGGUGCAGGGACAGUGAACCCUCUUAUCUCAGCUCUGAUCACUCUUGUUCCCGACCACAGCAAUGUGUCGGAUUUGAAGCAUCUUACAGUCCAGAGCAUGCCAUCUGCUGAAACUGCAGCACAAAAUACUCAGUCCUCCGAUAAUGCUCCUGCUAAAUCACAAGGCCUGGAUGAAGAGGAGUUUGGCCCCAGACUGCCACCCCCUGGGCUUGUGCCACCUGCACGCUCACCGCAGCUAAAGAAACAGAAGAAAAAAGAGAAAGAGAAACACAGAGCCAAGAAACACAAGAAAGAGAAAAAGAAGAAAAAGAACAAGAAACAUAAGCAUAAAGGGAAACAGAAGAAGAGGGUGGAGGAGUCCAAUAGCAGCUCAGACGACACUGACUCUAACAGUGAAGAUGAAAAUAGAGUUGUGUCUACUACUGAACUGCUUCAGAGGUUAAAAAACAUCAAGAACAAGAGAUAGAAGAAUUGAGAGUGAGGAAGUUGUCUUACGGGAACGUCAAGAUAAUAGUGUGUGUGCGCGUGCGUGCAUUUAUUUACAUAAGUGUACCUAAUGUUAUGAUUGCAGAUAUUUUUAAUAAAAGAAAUAUUUAAAAA